UAUCUCUCGAAAUCUGCACAACAUGGUGGGCAGACUUAAACGAGACGAGAUAUCAGACUGAAAUAUUUCACAGAGGAUCACCAUGGCCAAUGCAAAAGAUGUCCAGGAUUUGGAUAAAUUAAAAAAAAAAAAUAAAAAAAAAAAUAAAAGGAAACCAUCAAAACUUGAAGAUGGAAAUAAAAUUACUGUAACCAAAAAUGAUAAAAAAAAAAAAGAGGUGGUCCAAAAAUCUGAGCCAAAAAACAGAGAUACCAAAAACAAAUCAAUGAAAGUGGAAAAAAUACCAGAUGAUGACGAUAUGAAAAAAGGGGUGGAUUAUUUUGUUCAUUUCGACAUGAGAAUAAACGAUGAAACAAUUGCUGAAUCUGAAAAGAUAAAGCUACGACAAAAAACUGCAAAAGUUAUAAAUACAUAUAUGUUUUACGUCGACGCUUUUGAUGCGAGGUAUUGUGAUACACAUUCAUAUAUAUCUAUGGAUGGUGUAACUGAGCAAAAAGAUAUGAAAAAAAUCAUUUCUGAACGCAGAAAAUUAUCAAAACACUCAGAAUAUCAAUAUGAGUUUUGGCAGCCUAAAGAAGUCAAAACAGAACGGGCAAUUGACGGUACCAAGAGAAAAAGGUGCGAUGUUGGCAUACCUGUUCAAUCUUCACCAACAAAAAAGUAUACAAAAACCCCAACCAGACAAAAAAGAGAGUAAAACAUAGACAAUAAAGAAGGCUGUUUUGGAGUUCGUAAUGAUUAUAGUUAAAUAGUGUUUACUGUUGUUUUGUUUGAUGAAUAAAAUAUUUGUAGUGUUUCGUUGCUGACAAGGUAAAGGGGAAAGUUGAUAGGCAGGAAGAAAGGAGUAAACAUUUUUUUUUGACGAUAGGUAAGAAAGAUUGAAGGAUUAGUUUAAUCUGUGUAUUAAAAAUACAUGUUACUUGUAGAACAAUAGUCUUUAGCGUUUAACUGAAAUAAGAUACCAUUCCAACAAUUUAAAGCAAGAAAUUUAGAAGCAGAGAUUGUUUUACAGUUGCUAUCUUGUAUAGAAACCAAUUAUAAAAUUUCCUACCCUCGUAAAAUGAUGUCAUCAAGUCUUACCCCCCCACCCUCAAAUGUAAGCUGCAAAGUCACUCCACCCCCUACCCCGAAUGCAAGUAGCGAAUCCUCCACUUUCACCCCUCUCCCCUGGAAUGCAACUAUUCAUAAUUAAAUUUUAAUUGAUUUCUUAUGGCUCAACUGAUUUAACAAGAUAGUAUAUAUUGUUUUCAUCUUUCACACUAUUGUAUAUCGUUUUGUAGCAAAGUUAAUUUUACCAAAAUGUAAUGUAAGUUAAAAAAAAUAAUUUUGUUUUAUAAACGACCAGAUAUAUGUGCUUUUA